AUGACUCGUUGUUGUCGAGGUUGUCCUGCAUGUAAUCCAGUUGCUUUUGAACAGACUGAUGAUCAAGUAAAAGUUUUUGAUACUAAUCAUAUACAAAAAAUAAGCAAACGUAAAACACCACUCCCAUCAAAUAAUGAUAAUAAUAACCGUUUAUUAUCAUCAUCAUUAUCGAAAAAAUUUUCUAAUCGACAAAAUGAAGAAAAACAACAUUGGAAAAUUCUUCAUCAUAAUUAUUUACAAGUUGCAAUAUUAACUAAUGCAAAUUUAUGGUCAUUUGCACCACAAGGUUUAUCAAAAUUUGGUCAUUUAGCUGAUGGCUUACUUGAUUUAAUUUUAAUUGAACAUACAACACGAAAAGAUUUCUUACGUUACAUUAAACGAAAUGGAAACUCAAAGGAUCAGGCUAGUCAAAAAGUUCUGUCACUUUCAUAA